AUGAAUGCCUCCUACUCCCCUUACGCGGCGACGCCUGCCGCCACUGCCGACUAUUACUACGAAAAGAAAGACUAUAUCAGCCCAUCGCCGACGCCUUCGCCCCGCGGGCCGGCCUACUACUACGCCCAGCAGCAGCAGCAGCGACCGGCGACCCGCGCACACUUCCGGCACAUGAGCUCCAGUGGCACUGGCUUUCACGAGUUCAACACCAGUCCAUCGUCGCGGCCGCCAACCUUCUCUCCGCGGUACACAAGCGAUGGCCACUACGCCACAGCCAAUGUGAGUUCUUCGCGCCCGACACGGAGACAAACGUCGUGGUCGAGUCCCAACGCCCCCGGGCGUGAGCGACGCAGCUCUUCAUUCUCCUACUAUCGGGCCUCAGACUCCAUUGGGGAAUCCGACGAGGACGAACUCAUCGAGAUCGACGGCAUCACUUACGUGUUGCCUGCGCGUUCAAGACCGAGGAAGCAGAAGAGUCACUAUCUCGGUGACGACUACAACUACUCAGGCCCGUACCGGACUAACCACCAAUACUACCCACAGGGCGGUUACGGUUUCGUGGAAAAGGACCUUCGCGCCGGGUUCGAGUCGCCUCGCUAUCAUGAGCCGACUUCCGACACCCGCCAUACCACACCCACCGGGCACUCGCGCCGCUCCUCCACGACCAUGCCAAUCCCUCAGCGUUCCGCUACCGCGCGGCCUUCGAGCUCUCACCAGCCACCUCCGCCGGCGACGAUGGCGUCGUCCAAGAAAUCGGGUGGCUCGGCAUCGCCUGCACCUCAGAAGGCAACCGAGGCCGACGCUAAGAAGCACCACAUCCCAGCAGGCUAUUCUCUCAAGAACUGGGACCCUUCGGAGGAACCCAUCAUGCUGCUGGGGAGUGUGUUCGAUGCGAACUCGCUGGGUAAGUGGAUCUACGACUGGACCACUUACCACCACGGCCCGUCGUCGCCAAUCGCUGAGGUGGCUGGCGAGAUGUGGCUGCUGCUGAUUCAGCUCGCUGGCAAGAUCAAGCGUGCUGAUGAGGUCAUGUGCCGUGUCCGCACCAAGGAGAACCGCGAGAUGCUCGAGGAUUUCAUCCUUUCUGGUGAGCGUCUAACGGACAAGCUCCGCAAGCUGCUCAAGACCUGUGAACAGCCCAUGCUGCGCACGGGAAAGCGGGAGAAGACGCAGCUGGGCAAGAACGCCGGCAUUGAAUUUGUUGAGACUCUGUUCGGUCGGGAGCGAGAGCUGGAGAAGACAGAGCGCUUCAUGCAGUCCGUUCGGCUCUGGAAUCUCCGCUUCGAUGCAAAUUGCGAGGACAUUAUCCGUCAGCCCACCAAAUAG